UGUAUGUGUUACGGCAAUUCCCCGAAUUACCAAUGUAGACUCAUUUAACUAAUCAUAGUUAAAUGCAGUGCUAUGAAUGUAUGAUUAAAUUAACUGUGGUUAGGUUAAAGUAGUAACCUGAAGUUGCGGGUUGUCACAAGCUAACCCAUUUACUCUUAUAUCUUUGGUUAAUUUAGUUAUAUUUGUUAGUGUCAUUACAUUUUGUUUGUUAUUUUAGAUUGAUGAAGACGAUCACCAACUUCCAAAUCCACUUCAAAUGGAAGAUCAAGAUCUUUUUAAAGGCGAUUUUGUAAAUAUGUUGGUAUCUAUGGAGCAGCAACAAACUGCUACAAAUGCUCCCAUACAAGUAUCCGAACCUGUACCCGUACUCAAACCUAAAUCCAUACCCAAACCCAAAAAAGUACGCAAAUCAAAACUCGUACCCAAACCCGUAUCAGUACCCAUACCUAUACCCAUAUUCGCAAAUGUACCCAAACCCAAACUCGAACCACAUAUAAAACUCAUAACCGGUUUGGAAGGGGAAACAUGGGAUGAUCCUAAUUUGAAUUCGAUCAAGGAGAAUUUACAGAACAAAACCGGUCUCAUUCGAGACGUAGUUCAUAAAUUAGACAAACUCUUUAAGCACCACACUCACAUUCGUACUUCUUCACCGCAAGGGAUGUAUCCCAUAUCGGUUCAAUAUCUAACCUAGAGUUUGCUAUCGUGCUAACGUUAUGAACGAUUUGGUGAUUGGAUGCAUUAGCUUACGGGGAGUCUAUUGCUGACAUGUCACACCCCAAAAUACCACAUGUGGAAACCCCCGCAAGGCAUGUGACGUACCAGGAUCUAGCCACUAAUCACAUUGAACUAACAAUAAUGUAAUAAAUAAAAAUUCCCAUUCAAUGUAAAUAGUGUAUCACAAAACAUUUGUUUAAAA